AUGUUGAAUGUAAGAGAAAAAAUACUCACCGACGACUCUGUUACUCGCCUUCAGUAUCAUAAGUAUAAACCAUUUGGUCAACCAGCUUUUGCUUCAAACGAUUCCAUAUCAAUUGUUAUACAAAAUGAAAACACUUACCUGUUACCUUUUGAGAGCCGGUUGUAUAUUGAAGGACAGCUUCUUAAUGCAGAGGGACAAGGAAAAGCUAGCGAUAUUGAGUUAACUAAAAACUGUGCACUUUACCUGUUUUCAGACAUUCAGUACUGUCUCAAUGACCAAAUUAUCGAUGAUGUGCGUAAUCCAGGAAAUGCAACAUUAAUGAAAGGAUAUGUUUCGUUUACACCUAGUGAAGCGAAUGCUUUGCAAAAUUCUGGCUGGACCACAAGAGAUGAUUUGAAAAAACUAAUUGAUGAUGAUGGACGUUUCAAUUUUUGCAUCCCGCUGAAAAUGAUGUAG